AUUUCAUAUCUUCUUCCAACAGGAUGAAAGUUUUGGCAACUAUUGUGUUGGCAUUAUCAGCAGCAGUAGUGGCAUUACAGGAAGCGCCUUUUGUGAUGACAGAGGGCGGCAUGAUCUCCGGCCUGAUUCAAAGGUCCACCAGGAGCAGAACCUUUUACUCUUACUACAACAUUCCCUUCGCCAAGCCUCCUCUUGGCCACCUCAGGUUCAAGGACCCAGUGUCACCUGAGCCAUGGGUAGGAGUGAAGGACGGGUCAAAGAUGCCCAAAUCAUGUCUUCAAGUUCCUUUUGGACCUGCAAACCAGGGAAUAAAGGUGACUUCUAGUGAGCUCCUAGGUUCCGAGGACUGCCUGUACCUCAACGUCUUACUCCAGCGUUCUAUACUAGAGAGGCAGUCAGGAGACAGUCAGGGACAGUCGCGCGCGGUUGUGCUCCGUCAAAAACUGCGUGUCUUGAAAGAUAAAGACUCCGAGCCCGAGCUUCCAGUGAUGGUUUGGAUCCACGGAGGAGCUUUCUUCUCUGGGGGCGCGUUCGAGUACAUGCCACGAUGUUCUUCUUAUCAAAAACAGCUGAUAGUGUUUCUUAAGCCCAUCGGAAUUGCUAAGCGAAAACCUGGGACUGUUGCUGAGUUAUCGCUACUAUCGUACUUCCAUUCAAAUGCUAAAGGAUUGUUUUCCCGGGUUAUCAUGCAGUCCGGGUCAGCUCUGUCACCCUGGGCAACUGGAUGGAAGUUCAGGGAGACAGCUGAGGAGAUAGGACAAACGAUGGGAUGCCCGGUCAGUCAGGACAGUCAGGCACUAAUUGACUGUCUGCAGAAGGUCGACGGACACAAGCUGACAGUUGUGGUACAAGACUACUUUCAAUGGCACAUCUUACCAUUGAUCUUCGGUCCUCGGGUGGAUGGAGACUUCAUCCCUGAUGACCCUGCAAAGUUGGUCCUUGAAGGAAGAUACCACAAGGUGGACCUGAUGGCCGGAGUGACUGGAGACGAAGGUGCCUUCGCUACUCAUGCCAUGUUUGCCAAUAGAAACCUGAUUAAUGAUCUAAAGGCCAAUUUCACAACGACUGGUCCUGCUAGUAUACAACUGAUGGAGGCAGUGGACGGGGAAGACGUGGUCGAGAUGGCGAGGCGAGUGUACUUUUACUAUCUAGGGAAAGGACUCAACAUAGACGAGGAUCACAGUGAAGCCCUCACACAACUGUACAGCGAUAUUCACUUCAUGGUGGAUUACGACCUUGUGACGCAGUACUACGCCCAUCACGCUCACCACCGUAACACUUACCGCUAUGAGUUCCAGUACAGGGGCGAGCUCUCCUUUGGUGACCUGUUUGAUACGAACGUCGGUAAACACUGUAAGUAUGAAUGUAUGAAACUAAGUCAACUGGCUAACAAGAACCAUGAUUAUCUAGCAGGCUACGGCUUAGGAUAGCCUGCCUGAGUUUGCCAUCCUCUGUUGGCAACGAGUAAUUUAUUUUUGAUUCUACAUAUAAGUAGUUGGAAACUGUCACCAUCGAAUAUCAUGUCAUUUUUCUUUUGCUCGUUGAAAAUUUUUAAUAUUGGUUUGCAAUAUUUCUAUGGCUUUUACUGACGCAAAUUUUAUACCUUAUUUGUAAUCGCCCGUAAAGCACGAUAAGCAGCUGUGGCUAGUGUAUUAGUUUCUCUACUGUAGGGAUAAUAAAGAGUAAAGGUAUGUGAGGGAAAAGUUCAAUAGAUAGGAGUAGCGAGGGAGUGUAUAGUAACAAUAGUUUCAUUGCCGGCUACUUGUUAAUUUAAGGUAGGGUAAGUCCCACUCCCGCUUCCCCCCCCCCUUUUUCCCCCUCCCCGAAAGUGAUAGUUUGAUUGCCGGCUGCUUGUUAAGGUAGGGUCAGUCUAGCUCCCUCUAUCCCUUCCCCUC